AGACGUUGAUUCCGCUUUCAUGGCGAAGCUCGCUAAGAUUGCUACCGCUGAGAUGAUUUCCUCUAAGAAUGGAGCACGUGGAUGGAGAUGCCUCGUGCCGAAGAGGAAACGUUCUGUGAAGUCCGAGGGCUCGAAUUGAUCGUCUGGGACAGUUGUCGUUCUGAAUUGAUGAAGGAUACUUUUAAUUUUUUGUUUCCUUUCACCAAAACACAAGGACUUCCUUUUUAACGACAUUUUCCCACUUUUUGAUAGAAAAUUUUAACAACACAUAACAUAAGAAGUUAAAACAGCAGCAGGAGAAAAAACGGUAUGCUACAGUGAAUGUUCAUAAGAAGGAAAAUAAACAAUAAAAAAAAGGAAAAUUGCACCAACAUAACACUGAUCACCAUUUCUGCUGCAUAUAGCAAAGGAACGUCCUAAAAGUUCAUAAGUUGAGCAUCAAAAUGACACCAAGAAAGCAGCUUUGUUCCAUAAAAUUGACACAGAUUAAUAGUCCUUGAAGAUUAUGGGAUGUCUCUCCAAAUUGCAAAGACUCUUACUUUUUGUAAGAAAUUAAUUCAUGUCAUUACCACCUAAUGUGGAUGUGGUCUAUGAUGUAUCGGGUGUGGUCAAAUUAGAUCCAAACAGUAGUAUAUGAGGGUUAGAAGGUGUUUGAAUGGUGAAUGAGAGAACCGCCAAGGAGUCAGAGCAAUGUACCAAAGUUUGGGGAGAAAGGUGACAUUCACCUGCAAACACUCUGAUGUCCAAGUUAGUGAGUAGUAAUUUAGCAGACUAAUGGUGAGUAAAAAAGGGAAUCUGUUUGUACCUGGUGAUGUUGAGGGUUUUAUAGGCUGAUAUAAACAAUCAUUAGAGUGAGUGAGGUUGUUAUGCAUGUAGGCAGCUUGUUACAGUAUCUGUCAAGAUUGGGCAGGUUUGUUAUGCUUUUGGUGAAUAAGUUGGUAAACUCAUGAUCAAUUUGGCUUUGAUUUAUUAGUUGGUUUGUGACUAACGUGGGUGUCUUUUUGCUUUGCGUAACUGCCUCGUAGGCUUAAGAGGAUUCUGAGUGAUUCAAGGUCUGAGAAGCCCUUGGCCUUGAGGUAGUCAGGGCUGAGGUAUAGGUUGUCCCUUAGACCUUAGAUGAGUUCCAGAACAGAAGGUUUGAUAAUUGAUGUUACCUUCAUGCAUUGAUUGAUUUUGUUUCAUUGUUCUCUGUGGUAGAAGAGGAAAGGAAGAUUAUUAAGGUGAUCAUGAUUAUUUGCUGAUGUUGAUUUGAAGUUAGAAGAUAAUUUCCUUAAAAAAUAUCCUGUCUGAAUCUUGGGAACUUUUUUGGAUGCUAUUUUACAUGGUAGUUUCUUGGGGAUAUAAGAACCAUUCUUAGGUCUUCAUAUAACAGAUGGUUUAAGUUGAACAAAUAAGGUUACUUUUUAAAUAAUGACAAAUAGUUAUUCAAGGUUUGAAAUUUAGCUGUUAAAAUUUUGUUAGCUAAUUAAUUAGCAGCCCGCCCUUCAUUUUCCACAGGGACAAUUAAUUGGCUGGAGAUUGAAGGGAUGCAAGUCUGCUACAUGCUUGGCAUUUUAUUGAUGGUUUUAGACAUAUGCAUGCGUUGCCUGAAAAGUGAAUACACUAUAGUUUGGUUACUAUGAAAUUGAAAAAUGUGUUACUGCAUAUGUAGUUGGAACUAACAUAGUUUAGAUAAAGGAGGGUUCUUUUGUUCUUGGGCUAUGGUUUGAACCUUCUUACAUCAUUGGUUGGUGCUCAAGAUAUUAAAGAACAUGUUUAUCAUAGAAUAUGGCUUAUGGCUAGGCCUAGCUUGUGUUUUGACUUGAGUGAGAAACCAGAUAAUUAGAUAAUUGCUGUCAAAGUUAAUGUGGAAGGAGCUCCAAGAAGUUGUAAGUUGUAUGAUACUUUCAAGUAUGAGAGUUUGACUAACUUGGCAAGGAUUGUAGAAGAUCUUGACUGUUUGAUCAUUUAGUUUAUGUUGGUGUGCAAACUAAUAUGCAGGAUUGUCCAGCUUGACUCUGUGUUCCCAACUGUUUGAGGAACUAAAUUCUGAUUGGCAACGAGCAGCAACAAGCCUACUUGUUGCAAUAGGCUCACAUUUACCUGAUCUUAUGAUGGAAGAAAUUUUUCUUCAUUUAUCUGGGACAAAUUCAGCAUUACAGGCUAUGGUUCAAAUCCUUGCAGAAUUUGCUUCUACUGAUCCCUUGCAGUUUAUUCCACGUUGGAAAGGUGUACUUUCACGAGUUUUGCCAAUUCUUGGAAAUGUGCGAGACAUGCACCGACCAAUUUUUGCAAAUGCAUUUAAGUGUUGGUGUCAAGCUGCUUGGCAAUAUAGUAUAGAUUUUCCUUCACAUUUUCCCCAAGAUGGCGAUGUCAUGUCAUUUCUAAAUUCUGCUUUUGAACUUUUGUUGAGAGUUUGGGCAGCUUCGAGAGACCUAAAGGUUCGUGUGGCAUCUGUAGAAGCACUUGGGCAGAUGGUGGGUCUCAUAACACGAACACAAUUAAAGACCGCCCUACCAAGGCUUAUUCCUACAAUAUUGGAUUUGUAUAAAAAGGAUCAAGAUAUAGCUUUUCUGGCUACAAGUAGUCUCCACAAUCUGUUAAAUGCCUCUUUACUGUCAGAAAGUGGCCCUCCUAUGCUUGAUUUUGAGGAUUUGACUCUUAUUUUAUCAACACUUCUACCUGUGGUUUCUAUCAAUAAUGACAGCAAAGACCAAUCAGAUUUCUCUGUGGGACUAAAGAUGUAUAAUGAGGUUCAGCAUUGCUUUCUGACAGUUGGCUUGGUGUAUCCAGAUGAUUUGUUUUUGUUCCUUGUAAAUAAAUGCAGGUUGAGGGAAGAGCCAUCAACUUUUGGUGCACUUUGCAUUUUGAAGCAUCUUUUGCCAAGGCUAUCUGAAGCUUGGCAUAGUAAAAUACCUCUACUAGUCGAAGCUGUAAAGUCCUUGCUUGAGGAGCAGAAUUUAGGUGUUCGGAAGGCACUUUCUGAGUUAAUUGUGGUUAUGGCUUCUCACUGUUACUUGGUUGGUUCGUCUGGAGAGUUGUUCAUUGAAUAUCUUGUACGGCAUUGCGCUAUAACAGAGCAAAAUCGGAGUGAUCUUGAGAGCACACCAAAUAAGAGAAUAGAGAUGAAGAUUGGAGCAGUUACUCCUAGUGAGUUAAGAGCAGUUUGUGAGAAAGGUCUCCUUUUGGUCACUAUUACGAUUCCUGAAAUGGAGCAUAUUCUUUGGCCUUUUCUGUUGAAGAUGAUUAUUCCGCGGACCUAUGCUGGUGCUGUGGCGACGGUGUGCAGGUGUAUCUCAGAAUUGUGGCGGCAUAGGUCAUAUAACAAUGAUAUGUUGAGUGAGUGUAAAACCCGUUCUGAUAUACCAACUGCUGAGGAACUUCUUGCCCGUUUGGUGGUGCUUUUACAUGAUCCUCUAGCAAGGGAGCAAUUGGCCACCCAAAUUUUGACAGUUCUAUGUCUUCUGGCACCUCUAUUUCCAAAAAAUAUCAAUUUGUUUUGGCAAGAUGAGAUUCCAAAGAUGAAGGCUUAUGUUAGUGAUACAGAAGACUUGAAACAGGAUCCAUCAUAUCAAGACACUUGGGAUGACAUGAUAAUCAAUUUUCUUGCAGAGUCUUUGGAUGUGAUCCAAGAUGCAGAUUGGGUUAUGUCUCUAGGAAAUGUUUUUGCCAAACAUUAUGAACUUUAUGCAUCUGAUGAUCAACACACUGCACUUCUUCACCGGUGCUUGGGGAUUCUGCUUCAAAAGGUAAAUGACAGAGCUUAUGUCCAUGACAAAAUAGAUUGGAUGUAUAAGCAAGCAAACAUUGCAAUUCCAACAAAUAGACUUGGGUUGGCAAAAGCAAUGGGAUUGGUUGCUGCAUCCCACUUGGAUACAGUGUUGGAGAAGCUGAAGGAUAUUUUAGACAAUGUUGGACAAAGCAUAUUUCAGAGGAUACUGUCAUUGUUCUCUGAUAGUUUCAGAACAGAAGAGUCUGAUGACAUACAUGCUGCUUUGGCGCUAAUGUAUGGAUAUGCUGCAAAAUAUGCCCCGUCAACAGUUAUUGAAGCCCGAAUAAAUGCUCUUGUUGGAACCAAUAUGCUCUCUCGGCUUCUUCAUGUGCGUCACCCCAGAGCAAAACAAGCUGUCAUCACAGCAAUUGAUUUACUAGGUAAUGCUGUCAUUAAUGCUGCUGAAAGUGGUUCACCAUUUCCACUGAAAAGAAGGGACCAACUGCUUGAUUAUAUUUUGACAUUGAUGGGACGAGAUGAUGAAGAUGGUUUUGCUGAUUACAAUGAACUUUUGCGUACUCAGGCCCUUGCUAUAAGUGCGUGCACUACAUUAGUCUCUGUGGAACCAAAACUAACAGUUGAAACUAGAAACCAUGUUAUGAAGGCCACAUUGGGGUUCUUUGCUAUACCAAAUGAUCCAGUUGAUGUUGUCAAUCCCCUUAUAGACAACUUGAUUACUCUUUUAUGUGCAAUUCUUCUCACUGGUGGAGAGGAUGGAAGAAGUCGAGCAGAGCUGCUAAUGCUUAUCUUGAGGCAAAUCGAUCAAUUUGUCUGUUCUCCUGUUGAGUAUCAGAGGAAAAGAGGCUGUCUUGCUGUCCAUGAGAUGCUUCUAAAGUUUCGGAUGAUUUGUGUUAGUGGGUAUUGUGCACUGGGCUGCCAUGGGAGUUGUACACAUAACAAGCAAAUUGACCAUACUCUAUAUGGGAGUUUUUCAAAGCUACCAUCUGCAUUUGUAUUGCCAAGUCGAGAAGCUUUGUGCUUGGGAGAUAGGGUAAUAAUGUAUCUUCCACGUUGUGCAGACACAAAUUCUGAAGUCAGAAAAACAUCAGCGCAAAUUCUUGAUCUACUCUUCAGCAUCUCUCUUUCACUUCCAAGACCUGCAGGUUCGUCUAUAUCUGCUGAAGAGAUAGAAUUGUCAUACAGUGCAUUAUCGUCUCUUGAGGAUGUUAUAGCUAUAUUGAGGAAUGAUACUUCUAUUGAUCCAUCAGAAGUUUUCAACAGGAUUGUUUCCUCCCUCUGUAUUCUGUUGACAAAAGAUGAGCUGGUUGCUACACUGCAUGGUUGCUCAGUGGCUAUAUGUGAUAAGAUCAAGCAGUCAGCUGAAGGGGCUAUUCAGGCUGUUGUUGAAUUUGUUACAAAGAGAGGGAGAGAACUGACUGAUAUUGAUAUCUCAAGGACAACCCAAGCACUGAUCUCUGCCACUGUACAUGCAACUGAUAAGCAUUUGCGUGUGGAAACUCUUGGAGCUAUUUCUUCUUUGGCUGAAAACACUAGCCCAAAAACUGUUUUUGAUGAAGUCCUGGCUACUGCUGGAAGGGAUACAAUCACAAAAGAUAUAUCUAGGUUACGCGGAGGAUGGCCAAUGCAGGAUGCAUUCUAUGCAUUUUCUCAGCACAUGGUACUGUCAGUUUUGUUUCUAGAACAUGUGAUAUCUGUCCUUAGCCAGAUUCCCAUCCUUAAGGGUGAUGUGGACAGAGUUGAGGAUAGCCAGGUUGAAAGUCAUACAGAAGAUGGCAAACUGCAGGCUGCAAUUUUUGCUCUUACUGCUUUCUUCAGAGGUGGGGGAAAAGUUGGAAAAAGGGCUGUUGAACAAAACUAUGCUUCUGUUCUGUCUGAGCUUACACUGCAACUUGGAAGCUGUCAUGGUUUAACAUACUCUGGUCAGCACGAACCAUUGAGGAAUCUUCUUAUAGCAUUUCAGGCAUUCUGUGAAUGUGUUGGUGACCUUGAGAUGGGCAAGAUUUUAGCUAGAGAUGGAGAACUAUCAGAAAAUGAGAGGUGGAUUAGUCUCAUAGGAGACAUAGCAGGCUGCAUAUCUAUAAAGCGACCAAAAGAGGUACAAAAUAUUUGUCUAUUUUUUAAAAAUUCAUUGGAUCGACCCCAAAAAUACCAAAGGGAAGCUGCAGCUGCUGCAUUGUCAGAAUUUGUUCGAUAUAGCGGUGGACUUGGAUCACUUUUGGAGCAAAUGGUUGAGGUUUUAUGUCGGCAUGUAUCAGAUGAAUCUUCAACUGUUCGGCGAUUAUGUUUGCGAGGAUUAGUACAGAUCCCAAUGAUUCAUAUUCUGAAGUAUACAACUCAAGUCUUGGGCGUUAUAUUAGCUCUGCUAGAUGAUUCUGAUGAAUCUGUACAAUUAACUGCUGUAUCAUGCUUACUGAUGAUUCUUGAAUCUUCACCUGAUGAUGCAGUUGAGCCCAUUUUGCUUAAUCUUUCAAAACGACUUCGAAAUCUUCAGACAAGCAUGAAUGCAAGGAUGCGAGCCAGUUCUUUUGCAGUAUUUGGAGCUCUAAGCAACUAUGGAAUUGGGGCACUAAAGGAGGCAUUUGUUGAGCAGGUCCAUGCUGCUGUUCCUCGCCUUGUCUUGCAUCUUCAUGAUGAAGAUUUUAGUGUCCGAUUAGCCUGCCGGAAUACCCUGAAAAGAGUUUGCCCAUUGAUGGAAAUUGAAGGAUUGCUUGCCCUACUAAACACACAGACUUUCCUUUCUGAUCAUCGGAGUGACUAUGAGGACUUGCUCCGAGACAUAGCAAAGCAAUUUACUCAGCAUCUUGCAUCCAGAGUUGAUAGUUAUAUGGCAUCAACAGUGCAGGCUUUUGACGCACCAUGGCCCAUAAUUCAGGCAAAUGCUAUAUACUUCUGCAGCAGCAUUCUCUCUCUAUCUGACAGUCAGCAUAUUUUAGCUGUCUAUCAUUCACAGGUCUUUGGUAUGCUGGUGGGAAAAAUGAGUCGAUCAUCUGAUGCUGUCGUUAGAGCAACAUGUUCUGCUGCUCUGGGCUUGUUGCUGAAAUCCUCCAAUUUAUGUUCAUGGAGAGCAGUUCAACUCGAUCGGGUAGACUCACCAUCACGGAACCAUGAUGCAGAGUCCACGAAAAAUUAGCAACAAAUCUGGAAUAUAUAACUAAAAUCAUUAUUGACCAUGAGCUUGAAGCACUGCGUUUUAGGAGUGGCUGAGUGGACUGGCUGUUGGUAGAUCGUGUUGGUGUUCGUGUACAGUGUGUUGGCAAUAACCUCUUGUAUUCUAUCAUUCCCUCCCAUUUUCCCUUUUAAAUGUAUAUUCUGUUAGUCAUGAUCGUGUAAAUUGUUGUACAUUAAUCACACUUGAAGCUACAUCACGGUCACGUAAGAGAUUUUUGUAUUUUCCAUUAUUUUUUCGUAUAAUUUAUCAUAAAAAUUGAUGGUGUACACGUACAAAUAGAUAGCCAAAGUAUUUUAAAUAUUUGGUGCU